GUCUAUGAUUACAAAUGGCGUAUAGUAAACGUAAAUAAACAAUUUUUAAACAAAAAAUAUUAUGGCUCCUAAAUUAAAGUUUGCGGAAGGUGAAAAAGUUUUGUGUUUUCACGGCCCGCUUAUCUACGAAGCAAAAUGCCUAGAAAGCUCUGUUACGAAAGACAAACAUGUACGGUAUUUAAUACAUUACGCUGGAUGGAAUAAGAAUUGGGAUGAAUGGGUACCAGAAAGCAGAGUCCUAAAGUACAAUGAAGCCAAUGUUCAAAGACAGAAAGAGGUGCAAAGGGCACACUCAGCCCAACCUGUAAAGACUAAAAAGACUCCAGCAAAGGGUCGCAAGUCUGAAGCAGCGGCAAGUUCCACUCCCGCAAGAGAGGAAUCCAGAGCAUCAACACCAGCUGGUAAAGAUAGUGAAUCUGGAUCAACUGCUGCUAAAGCCACAAAGACACAAAGUAAAGACACUCCCGUAGAUUCCGGCUCCGAUCAACCAAAAAAGAAGCGUGGCCGUCUAGAGCUUUCUAUCGAGUCUGAAGAGCAGUACCUCGCGAAAGUGGAGGUGAAAAUCAAAAUACCCGAAGAGCUAAAAGUUUGGCUCGUGGACGACUGGGAUGUCAUCACGAGACAGCAAAAACUAGCCAUCCUACCUGCGAAACUGACUGUCUCACAAAUUGUUGAUAACUACCUAGCUUUCAAGAAGUCUAGUAAACUACACAAUCAGGCCAAAGAGUCUGUGUUAGUCGAUAUUACGGAGGGGAUCAAAGAGUAUUUUAAUGCAACGCUUGGUUCCCAACUUCUUUACAAGUUUGAACGGCCGCAGUACAGUGAAAUAUUACAGGAUUAUCCCGACACACCAAUGUCUCAAGUAUACGGAGCUAUACAUUUGCUUAGACUAUUCGCAAAGAUGGGGCCAAUGUUGGCGUACACAGCUUUGGACGAGAAAUCUCUGCAGCACGUGUUAAUGCACAUACAGGACUUCCUCAAAUACAUGGUGACCAAUAGAUCCACCUUGUUCAAUUUGCAAGACUAUGGUAACGCAACACCGGAGUACCAUAGAAAAGUGCAGUAGUUAUAAUGGAGUCCAGGUUAAUAGACCACUUUUGACAUUUCAUUAAGGUAUUACUCUUGAAGCGGCUCUUUCGGGGGGCAGUGUUCGAAUCCCAGUACGCACCUCUAACUUGUAAAAAUGUUAAGUUAUGUGCGUUUUAAGUUAAUAAAAUAUCUCUUGCUU